GCUAGCCAAUCACAUCCGAGACUAAGGGGACGACAACAAAACAUAAAUGUAUUAAACCGAAGCGGACGGUUUGUAUCGCCUUAAACCUGCGGAUUUACUGCCACUACACUCGUAACAUAAAAUAUUUAAUAUUUUUACCCCUAGAUUAAAUUUCAUGUUUUAGUUUUUAAUGUUUAUUUAGGCGAGGAAAUAACAUUAACGCCGCGGGCUAACGCACCCGAUUUAUAAUAACCGUUAAUCUUGACGGCACGAGACUCGGCGCCUUUUUGACAAAAAACAUAAUUUCGAUGGCCUCAGUGAUCUGACUGUAUAUACACCCUGUGAGUGUCUGGAUAUCAUUGUACAUUACCCGUGGCUAAGUCCACACUGACCGUCCCGCACUCGUCCUGUCGGUCAGUCCCUCUGAACAUUGCGAUGGAUGCUCUAACAUGCUAGGACCAUGUUCAAGAAUGUGUUUGGCUCAGGGUUCCUGGUACGAACAGCUCAUGUGAUUCUGACAUGGGUCGUUACACUCAUACUCUUCUUACAUGAUACAGAGUUGAGGAAGCAGGAGGAGACAGGCCAGCUCCUGCAGCCCGUGCUCUUCGUCCUCCUGGUGCUGGUAUCAGUGCUGCUGUAUUUUGCUGUUUCUCUGAUGGAUCCUGGCUUUAUCUUGUCUGAUGACAGUGAUCUGCAGUUCACGCUGGGAGUGACAGAGGAGCAGCAGGACAUGAUCCCACCCACUACAAAGUCCCUGCGCCAGCGACGCUGUGGCCACUGUCUACUUCAGCAGCAGCCAAUGAGAUCAAAGCACUGCCAGACAUGUCAGCACUGUGUUCGGCGUUACGACCAUCACUGCCCCUGGAUUGAGAACUGUGUUGGUGAGAGGAAUCAUCGCUGGUUUGUGCUUUACCUGGCCGUCCAGCUGUUGGUGCUGCUGUGGGGGCUGCACAUUGCCUGGACGGGUUUCAGUUAUGUGCCCACCUGGCAGCUGUGGCUACGUACCAAUGGCGUGCUUCUGACCGUCGCCGUGCUGGUAGCUCUGCUGUCACUCAUCGUACUGCUCCUGCUCGGUUCUCACCUCUACCUGGUUUCCCUCAACACCACCACCUGGGAGUUUAUGUCACGCCACCGAAUCUCCUACCUCAAACACUGUGGUGCUGAUGAAAACCCGUUUGACCGUGGCACCUUCCACAACCUGUGGGGGUUCUUCUGCGUCUGGGGCACGGUGGUAUGGGAACAGGUGUAUUUCAGAGAAGGCAGUGACCAAGUUUAACAGCACAUGACCAGGACUAGCAGGCUGAAUUUCACACAUGAACAGCUUCCAGGAUGUUAUCUGGAUCAAGGCACUUGAAUACAAAGCUGGGGAUUAGCUCUCCUUGUGUGCAGUUUACCUUUAUAUGUAGGCACUGGUGGUAUGUGCCAUAAUUCUGCAACAUUAUCCUCAUCAAACAUCUCUCCUUUCAGUGGGUCAGUACUGCAGUGGAUUGCUUGCUUUUGUCGUUGCUCUGUUGUUGCCUUCCACGCUUGUUAUUUCCACUCUACAGUUUUGGCUGUGAAAAACUAUACAUUGUCCUUUAGGAGGACCUGCACAUCAUUCUGUCCUUUGCUCUAUGUGGACAUCUGCUCAUAUGUUCUGCAACUACUUCUCUUAUGACCAGCAGUUGUUUACAAUAAUCUACAUUGUCUAUAGACACUUCACAGGCUGUGGUGCAAGUCAGCCUGUGUUUGUUUGUGCCCCUAAAUACUAUUUGACCUCAUUCCUGCUCUGUCCUCUGAAUCAUUUAUGUGUUUGAAACACUCAUCUAGUACCCUGGUUUGACCAUGACAGUAAACCUGACUGAUGGGACUGUUAAUCUCUUUAGAAGUUUACAUUUCUUACAUGUUAGAUAUUACAUAAAAAUCAACUAUUAGUUUUAGAUGCAUGUGUAGACAAUCCAGAUCUAUGAUGGAUAUGUUUCCUCUGUUUACAUGCUCAAGUAAAAUUCUAACAACUUGGAUAAAUAUUCAAAUUUUGUCAUUUAGUGUAAAAUUAUUGUUUUUGUGUGACAAUUGCUGUAAUGCUGAGUCUUCUGCACAGGUUUUACAGGGUCCAAUCACUUCCACGGCCUUAAAAAAAAGCUGUGAGAAAUUACAUUAAUUUGAAAACAUGAGCUGAAUUUAAUUGGAAUUUGAUGUGAAUAAAUUAUACUGUGUUAUGGUCAUUUACUCCAACCAUCAUCAACAGGAUGCUUUGACUUUUAAUGGACAGCAUUUCAAACUAUUUUGUAUUGUAUAUACUUUUUAAAGUCUUUUAAAACAGCUUGAGAUUUUUGUAUGAUGUUUGAACAAAGAAUACUGUGGAGCAGUAACUGUGAAUAGAAGUCUAGAUCUUUGAAUGCAAUACAUCAUUUGGUAUUCCCAUUUCCGCUUCUCCUUGUGCAAUAGUAACCCUGUAAGAGAGCAAUAAAUGUGUUGUCGAAUCUACUGUACAACAGCAGUGUUGAAAAACAAACUUCCUUAUGUUUGUUAGUGAGUUUGUAUGAAUUAACAUUUAAUUCAUAACAUGUACUUUGGAAGUUAUAUGCAAUAUUGUCAUGCAAUGUUUUUUACUACUUUGAACAUACUGUAUACCAUCAAUAAAUCCAUGUUUCAGGAA